AUGAUCUUAACACGAAGAUUCCCCAUGGUAGUGCUGAACACUGAUGACCGCACCUCACCCUCGCAUCUCUUUGAAGAGGCCUCGUGGUUCUCUCUGGCAACUGCACGGGAACGGCUGCACCAGAAUGCUUGUGAGAUCUCCUUGGGUUCCCUGUCCAUUCUGAAAUCAUGCAUCGAUCAAUUCGGAUUCAUACGAAGAGAACUAUGGGUAAGAGCCGAGACGAUUGCCAGGAACGGGAACCUUGACCCUGGUUCGAGGAUGACAAACACGGGAGCAACUGAAGAGGAUUUUCAAAAUUCUUUGGCCGAUGCGAUGACCGAACCGAAUGAUAGUCUGGAACUCGAGAAGAAGCACACAGAGGAGAAAGCUACUGGUCCUAAAGAAAUGGAAGGAAUCUCUAGAAAGAACAAAAGAGAGUCUCGAACACCUUCGAGACCGGGUGAAAAAGGGAAAACCAUCCUUCGCGAGAUCCAAGAAUUCGAAGGAGAAACCACGACGAUAGGAACACUUGUGGGAGAUUUCUUCGCAGCGGAACUACAGAUCCCUGACAACAUGAUUGCCAGCGCAAUGAGCUUCAUAUAUGGGGUUUACAACCUGGCUAAAUUCGAGGAUCACGAAUGGAACGAGGACCCACUUCUCCGGUACGUCUUUUCGAGACUCGACAGCUUGGACGGCAUCGAAACCGGUGUUUCGUGUUUCCUGAUGUCUCUUCUUGGAUGGAGUAUCGCAUACGGAGUUGCAUCCGUCGUUCUCUUUUACGCCGCCCUACGGAACCACGCCAUUCUGCACGUGCCCUGGUUGAUUCUGCAUCUGAUUUCCAUUCUGGGUUGCCUGAUCGUUGGAAGCAUCCUUCUCGAAGCCACGAAUGCCCUUCGGAAGUCUUUCGCUCCAAAACUCCUCAUGUUCAUCGUACUCAUCGUGGGGAUGAUCUACGGGUGGAUGGUGGUGGCAAGCAAUUUCUGUCGAGAGAAACACAUGGAGGAAGAUGUGUUCCCCGAGGAGGAAUACGAUCAUCGUGGCAUGAGAAAUCAUUCAGGGCUCUCAGCUAAGCUCUCGCGCGAGGAAUAUCUGCCAGAAGUCCAGAUCAGAGACGAGACUUUCCAUUUCCCUUUGACAGCCCCUUAUCCCACUCCGAUCAGGAACCAUGGAGUGGAACUGAGAAAGAAGGCUUUCUAUCUGCCUCCAAUCAUCCCUUAUCAGCUAUCGACUGGAAACAUGCAAAAACUCCAAGGUUUUAUCUAA